UGGUUGGAAAACUCCGGUGUCAUGUGAUGUAAAAAAUGGGGAACGCAGGACAAAUUUUUCGUUUGGGUCUUUCAUUAUUUUUUGAAUAUAAUACACCUCGAAUAGUACACAUCAGAAGCAAAAAAGUCGGGAUCAUCAAUAGAUUAUUGCAACUGACAAUUAUUGCAUACGUGAUAGGGUAUGCUAUUGUUUAUAAGAAAGGUUACCAAGAAUUUGAUGAUGUUCAAAGUGCUGUUACCACAAAGGUUAAGGGAAUCGUCUUCUCCAAUUACUCACACCUUCCAGAUAUUGGGAUGCGCACCUGGGAUGUCGCUGACUAUGUCAUACCACCACAGGAAAACAGUGCAUUUUUUGUGAUGACUAAUGUUGUUCCAACUUUAAAUCAAACUCAGUCGUAUUGUUCAGAGGACCCCACCAUCCAAGAUGUUCAGUGUAAAACUGAUUCUGAUUGUGAACGUAUAAAAGGUUAUAUAAUGCCUGGUGGAAAUGGUCCAAUCACAGGGAAGUGUGUCAAUUCUACUGGACAUAAUAAAACUUGUGAAAUAUUUGGUUGGUGUCCUGUAGAAAAUCCUGCUCUGUAUAAAAAUUUGACAGAGCCUAUUUUGGCAGGAUCUCAAAAUUUUACAGUUUUUAUCAAAAAUAAUAUUGAAUUUCCAAAGUUCAAAGUUAUGAGACGCAACUUGCCUGAACUCGCCACCAAUGAAAGCAAAGAAUUUUUAAAUCGUUGCAAUUUCAAUCCUGAUGACUCUAAGGACAGGCUGUGCCCUAUUUUUCUUUUGGACACUAUUUUGAAGGGUGCGGGAUAUACAUAUAAAGAUGUAGCCCAAGAGGGUGGUGUGAUGCAAGUUAUUAUUGACUGGACAUGUGACCUAGACUACAGCAUUGACAAGUGUUUACCACAGUACACAUUCAGGAGGCUUGACAGGGGAGACUACAGUAUCGCUAAAGGUUUUAACUUCAGAUACGCUGACAAGUAUGCCUUUAAAGAAAACGACACCAUCAUCCAGUACAGGAACCUGUAUAAAGCCACUGGAAUUAUUUUUGUUGUGACCGUACAGGGCAAGGCGGGAAAGUUUAGUGUUGUUCCUCUCAUUUUAAAUCUUGGCAGUGGUAUGGCGCUACUUGUAGUGUCUACAAUCAUCUGUGACUUCAUUGUGCUGUAUGUCCUCAAAGCGCGCAAGUUUUACAGAGAGAAAAAAUAUUUAGAUGUACAAGGGCAGGAUGCAUUCCAGAUGCCGCUUUUAUCUGGUGGCCACACCACUGACCAUGGAACAUUUAAUCACAUACUGGAUGAAGAGAGGGAUCAAGAGGGUAAUUUCAACAACAGUGUAAAGAGGAGGGUCCAGCAGGCCUCAGAAUAAGAUCAACAAAGAUGGGAGAUAUCAUCUCAAGCUAAGAUAAUUCAGUGUGGUCGUUAAGUUAUUAAUUCACAUGUUGGAAAUAUUUUGUUGUUCAAAUUUGAAGAAAUUCAUAUCACUUUUGUUGCAACAGUUUUGUAAAAUGUAUUAUUUUUUUUAUAAAUGAGUGAAAACAUUUAUUUUUAUUAAUACUUUAAAUAAAUACUUGGCCUUAUUGUUUAAUUAUGAAGAAAUAUCUUGUUGUGACAAUGGUUUUUAAAUUGUAUUUCUUAAUUAGUAUUAACUGGUGGUUUUAUACUUUUUUAUAACUAUUUAAAAUUGAAUUAAUGCUUAAUCAAAACAUUUUAAUGAUGACAUGUAUUCCAUUAUAAACAAAUACUAAGAUUCUGAUGAAGAAACAUAUGAGAAUAACUAGGGUUCAAAAAUUUUUGAUAAGCAACCAAAUCUGCUUUUUCAAGGUGCUAUUACAAGUUUCAAUUAUUCUACUAGCUAUUUUAAAUUUUUAUCCUUAUGUAUUAUUUAGUAGCCGACAUCAAAACCUAUUGUGUGGUAAAAUCCUAUUCUUACUUCAAAAGUAAUUGUCAAAACAUUUUAACUUCAUAAAACUUUUAAGUGCCAAACUUUAUAAUUAUAUUUUUAUCUCAGCGUACAUUAACAAAUUAUUGAGAACUUGCAAGUAAAAUUAUUAAAAAGUUAAUAAACCACUUAUUAACUGACCUACCCCACCCUCCCACAAAAAAGAUCCCAAAGACAAAAAUUAUCUUGUAUUAAAACACCGCUCAAAUUUUGUUCAUGAUGUUUUUAUACUCUUUAUAUUUGUACUUACUCUUUUAGUUAAGGGUACAUACUUUACUUUUAAAUCUGAGAGGAGUGCUUAUAAACUAUUUUUUUCUUCUAAUAUUGAAAGUCUAAAAAAUGAUAAUGAAUCUAACAAACAUUUAAUUUAUCUAUGCAUGCAUGAAAUGGUGCCCACCAUCUAGUUGAGGUUUCUCCACUGUUAGCAGGACAGUGUGGUUGAGCACCUUGAUUGCUUUCCUGAAAUUUUUGGUUUCUGGGCUCAAGUUCCUUUAGAUGUCCUAGGUGCACAGCUUGAUAUUGUUAACCUCAGCUUAAGUAUAGAGUUGCGUAACUUUUUGUUUAUAUUUAUUAUCCAGUAAACAAGUCUCUUUCUGUUGUAUUUGUAUGAAAACAAAUAUUUAUAAACAAACUUCUGUAGUGUAAGAACUAGAUAUAUUUUGUUAGGUGGGUUAUAAAAGGGGUUAGGGGAGAAGUUAAUGGGUCAAUACCUUGAUUGCCAACUGUUGUAUGCUGUAAUGUAAAACCCAAUAGAGAAACUACACAAAGACUUAGUGUUGAGUUCAUGCAUUAAGCAUUGACUAUCACCACAAGUAGCUCACUACACUGGGUAUAUCAUAUGGGUACCAAAGCCUAGUCAGGUAAAGUAAAUCAUUAUGGAAAGAGUGCAGACCACGCAAUUCUUUCACAAGUAAAGUUCACUUAAAUGGAUGAGUUCUACUUCAUCUAUCCUAUUGAAGGGUCCAGCCUGGACAGAAAGGAUAUUGGUCUAGGGCAGGGGUCGGCAACCUGCGGCUCGCGAGCCGCAUGCGGCUCUUUUGAUAUCAAGAUGCGGCUCUCCAGCUCCUUGAACAAAUACUAAUAAUCUUAAUAAAAUAAUAAAAUAUUUGAAAUCAAAAAAAUGUUAGUGGCUCUUUAAAACCAGGGAAAUUUAGAAAAUUGUAACUUUUGGCUCUUCCGCUUCAAAAGGUUGCCGACCCCUGGUCUAGGGAGAAAUACUAUUAACAAAUAAUACUAACAUUUUUUUUAAAUACCUCAUUACUUACACCAUGAAAUUUCAACAUAUCUAUUGUACCCCUGCCUUUAUCAGAGAAGAAUAUUUAAAUUUAGCUUUUUGGUUAAUUUGGUGAAUUGAUAAUUUUUGUAAAUUGUUUAAAAUUCAAAUCUAUACAAUUUGUGAAGUAAAAUGCAUUAAUAUUUUAUCCGAAUCUUGAAUGUUUUCAGUUAUCUGUGAUUUUUUUUUUUUGUUUCCCAAUAUUUUGAUGAGAAUGGUUUUUGUUACGAGGGUGACCAGUUGUGAAUAAUUUUUUCUAAGUUUUAAAGUCAUGUGCAUCUUGUUAUAAUUCAAUAAUUUCAAAACAAUUGUUAUCAUAGAAUAACUGUGUUUACUUUUAAACAUAUAAUCUACUUUACUGAUUGUUGAUGAAAAUUGUGUUUGAUGGGACCAAUUUUACAUUAUCUACUUGCUUUUUCUGCCAUACAAGCUUUACUUAUUGAAACCUAAAUCUGGUCACAUGUAUAUAGUUUUAAUUUUCAUGUUCAAAAAUGUUAUUCACAAUAUUAACAAAAUAAAAGUUUAUAAAUGUUUGAGCUAA